CCCCUCCUCAUGGCGACGCUGGACAAGUCCGUGGCCGACAUCGAGGUGUCGGCCGCCCUGCAGGCGCUGUCCAUCUCGUACGAGAAGCACGAGCACCGCGAGCUGCCCACCACCGAGGACGUGAUCGCCGAGCUGGGCCACCUGGCCGGCCUGUCCACCAAGAACCUGGUCUUCAAGGACAAGAAGGAGGGCCUGUUCCUCGUGACCGCGGCCCCCACCACCGUCGUGGACACCAAGAAGCUGGGCGCGCGCCUGCACGCGGCCGGCAUCGGCGGCAAGAAGUGGAACCUGCGCUUCGCCACGGAGGAGGUGCUGGCCGAGUCGCUCAAGGUCACCAAGGGCUCGGUCUCGCCCCUGUGCGUCAUGCACGACGCCAAGAACGAGGUGCGCCUCGUGCUGGACAAGGCGCUGGUGGACGCGGCCCAGGUCAACUGCCACCCGCUGCGCAACGACCAGACGUACUCGCUCAAGUCGGAGGACCUGCUCAAGUUCGUCAAGCACUACAACCACGAGCCCAUCGUCGUGGACUUCGCGGCCCAGGCCGAGGAGCCCGCGGCCGCGCCGGCCGCCCCCAAGGCCCCUAAGGCCAAGAAGGAGGACAAGAAGAAGGUCGUCGAGCAGAAGGCCAACGAGGGCAUGUCCGUCACCAAGAAGGACAACUUCGCCGACUGGUACACGGACGCCAUCACCAAGUCGGGCAUGAUCGACUACUACGACGUCUCUGGCUGCUACAUCCUGCGCCCCUACUCGUACGAGAUCUGGGAGCGCGUGCAACAGUUCCUCGACCGCAACCUCAAGGCUAUCGGCGUUAAGAACUGCUACUUCCCCAUGUUCGUCACCAAGGACAAGCUCGAGCGCGAGAAGGAGCACCUGGAAGGCUUCGCCCCCGAGGUGGCCUGGGUCACCAAGUCGGGCAGCUCCGACAUGAAGGACCCCAUCGCCAUCCGCCCCACGAGUGAGACCAUCAUGUACCCGGCCUUCAAGAACUGGAUCCGCAGCCACCGCGACCUGCCCAUGAAGCUCAACCAGUGGAACAACGUCGUGCGUUGGGAGUUCAAGAACCCCACACCCUUCAUCCGCACGCGCGAGUUCCUGUGGCAGGAGGGCCACACGGCCCACGCCACCAAGGAGGAGGCCGACGAGGAGGUGCGCACCGUGCUGGACUUCUACGCCGCGUGUUACGAGGAGCUGCUGGCCGUGCCCAUGGUCAAGGGCGUCAAGACCGAGAAGGAGAAAUUCGCCGGCGCCGACUACACCACGACGAUCGAGGGCUUCAUCCCCUCGACGGGCCGUGGUAUCCAGGCCGCCACGUCGCACAUGCUCGGCCAGAACUUCGGCAAGAUGUUCGGCAUCUCGGCCGAGUACGAGGACGGCAAGAAGCUCAUCCCGUGGCAGAACUCGUGGGGCUUCACCACCCGUUCGCUGGGUGUCAUGAUCAUGGUGCAUGGUGACGACAAGGGUCUGGUGCUGCCGCCCCGUGUGGCCCCCAUCCAGGUUGUUGUGGUGCCGAUCCCGUUCAAGAAUCAGGACGAGGUUGAGGAGAUCUUUGCCAAGGCCGACGAGAUCGUUGCCAAGCUGACCGACGCCGGCGUGCGCAUCGAGGCGGACAAGCGCCGUGUGUACACGCCCGGCUGGAAGUACAACCACUGGGAGCUCAAGGGUGUCCCGCUCCGUUUCGAGGUGGGCCCCAAGGAUAUCGCCAAGAAGCAGGUGCGCGUGGUGCGUCGUGACAACGGUGCCAAGGAGGACAUCCCCGAGGCCGAGCUCGCCACCCGCAUCCCGGCCCUGCUCGAGCAGAUCCAGCAGGACAUGCUGGAGCGCGCCACCGCUGAGCGCGACAGCCACAUCCGCGAGGUGACGGAGUGGAAGGACUUCGUGCCGGCCCUCCAGGAAGGCUGCAUGGUGCUGACCCCGUUCUGCAACGAGAUCGAGUGGGAGGAGGUCGUGAAGACCAAAAGUCGCGAGGAGUCGCUGGCCCUCAUGGGUCUGGUGGACGAGGCCGAGAACGCGGCUACGAGCGCUGCCGCCAAGACGCUGUGCAUCCCGUACAAGAAGAACGACGAGACCCCGGUGGCCGCCGACGCCAAGUGCUUCAUCAGUGGCAAGCCGGCCAAGUGCUGGGUGCUCUGGGGCCGCAGCUACUAG